AUGGCCCACACCCACCGUCCACGACCUGGUCAAGGUCUGCCAAUCAGCCACCCCCUACAAGUACAAUCCGCUCGUAACCCUUCAACCCCACGGCCCCAAGCCCCCCGUUAUGGCUCUGCCAUCCCGCCGCCGGUGGAGCCUGGUCUUCCUGAGUCUCGCGGACCCUCAUUCGCGACCGACCCGUCUACGCCUUCCGCGAGUGUCUCCAGAUAUACCACUCGGCGAUCCAAGAAAUUGCAGCCGCAAGGCCCCAGGGAUGCGAUCUACUCCUACGGCUGGAUGAUUGCCUCCGAGCUGUCCAAGCGGCUGGAAGCAGAAGGAAGCGAGGUUCGCUUCCUGGCUAGUUUGAACCAACCCCGGGCAGGGGGUGGGUCUCUCUCGGAAAGACGCGUUCCGGAUGGUGCUUACUCGGGCGGAUCAGGUCCGCAUGGUUGA